AUGAACACAAAUGGUUUGCAAGACUGGUUACAGAAGAACUUUGGGAAGUUUCAGAGCAUUGUCUCUUGGAUGAAUAUUGUAUUUCUCUACUGGAAUGACAGCAUAAUACUUGCAGUUAAUGCAAUGGAUUCUGCACAACUGGCACAGCUUAUCACUGAUCCAGAAUAUAAAUAUGAUGCUGCUGUUUUGGACAUGGUUAUUUCUAGAAUCACACUGCAGAAUAUCACUGACUUCAUGUUAUCAUUAACUCCGGAUGCCAUACAGACCAAUUUCACAGAAGAGGAAAUAGACCACGUGAGGUACUUGCUGCUCUACAGAACCAUUCUGCAAAUGAAGCCCCAGUUUGUUUCUUUCACUACACUUGAGUGGGCAGUUAUUUUCCAGAAAGAUCUAACUCUGCUUCUUCCCAGCAUUUCUGAAUAUGAACUCAAUCUUAUUCCAACAAACAUUACGUGUGCUUCCUUUCAAGCAAUAGUAUCUGGUUUUAGCAUUGUUUUCCCACUUCUGACUACAACAAGGCAGAAUCAUGUCCACAAUUUCUGCAUAGGAUUUCUGAAUCUGCAGUAUAAUUUAACAGGCUCAGCGUGUGCCUUGAACACAAGCAAUUGGCAAGACUGGUUAGAAAACAACUUUGGAAGCUUUAAAGACAAUGUUUCAUGGAGUGAGAUUGUUUCUCUGUACUGGAAUAACAACAUAUCAACUGCAGUCAGUGCAAUGAAUUCACACCAACUGGCACAAGUUAUCACUGCUCCAGAAUACAGACAUGAUGCUAGCCUAUUGGAUCUUGUCUUACCCAGAAUUGGACUUCCGAAUAUCACUGACUUCAUGACAUCAUUUCAUAUGGCUGCCAAGAAGGCAAGUCUAAUUCAAGAAGAAGUAGAUCUGGUGAGGUCCGCACUGCUUAACAGAACAAUUCUGCAAAUGGAGUCCCACUUCAUCUAUUUCAGUACCCUUGACUGGGCUGUUACUUUCCAGAAAGAGUUAACUCUGGUUCUUCCCAGCAUUUCAGAGAAUGUACUCAGACUUAUUCCAACAAAUAUUACCUGUGCCUCCUUCCAUGAAAUAAUGACUGGUUUUAGCAAUAUUUCCACACUACUAACAACAGCAAGAAUGACUGAUGUCCUCAACUUUGCAAUACAUUUUCUCUCCCUCCAAUAUAAUUCAACAGGCUCAGCAUGCACCAUGACCACAACCAGUUUGGACGACUGGCUACAGAAUUUCUUUGGAACACUUAAGGACAAUGUUUUCUGGAAUGAAAUUGUGAUACUCUACUGGAAAAACAAUGCAACUCUGGCAGCCAAUACAAUGAAUUCUCAACAACUGGCACAGUUUAUCACAGUUGAAGAAUACAGACAUGAUGAGACUCUCUUGAAUGUAGUCCUCUCUAGAAUUGAAGUGCAGAAUAUCUCAGACUUCAUGACAUCAUUUUAUGAGGCUGCCAAACAGGCAAGUCUAAUUGAAAAAGAAGUAGAUCUGGUGAGGUCCGCACUGCUUAACAGAACAAUUCUGCAAAUGGAGUCCCACUUCAUCUAUUUCAGUACCCUUGACUGGGCUGUUACUUUCCAGAAAGAGUUAACUCUGGUUCUUCCCAGCAUUUCAGAGAACGUACUCAGACUUAUUCCAACAAAUAUUACCUGUGCCUCCUUCCAUGAAAUAAUGACUGGUUUUAGCAAUAUUUCCACACUACUAACAACAGCAAGAAUGACUGAUGUCCUCAACUUUGCAAUACAUUUUCUCUCCCUCCAAUAUAAUUCAACAGGCUCAGCAUGCACCAUGACCACAACCAGUUUGGACGACUGGCUACAGAAUUUCUUUGGAACACUUAAGGACAAUGUUUUCUGGAAUGAAAUUGUGAUACUCUACUGGAAAAACAAUGCAACUCUGGCAGCCAAUACAAUGAAUUCUCAACAACUGGCACAGUUUAUCACAGUUGAAGAAUACAGACAUGAUGAGACUCUCUUGAAUGUAGUCCUCUCUAGAAUUGAAGUGCAGAAUAUCUCAGACUUCAUGACAUCAUUUUAUGAGGCUGCCAAACAGGCAAAUUUCACGGAAAGUGAAAAAGAUUAUGUGAGGUCUAUAUUACUCAACAGAACCAUUCUGCAACUGAAAUCCAAUAUCAGUAAUUUUACUACACAAGACUUGAUCGUGAUUUUUGAGAAACAACUGACUCUGCUCAUUUCCAGCAUAUCUCAAGCGCAGCUUAAUCUUCUUCUAGAUAACACAACGCUCUCCUCCUUCCAAGUAAUAAUUCAAGCAUUUGCUAACACUGGAAAUCUGUCAAAUCACACAAGAGAAGUUUACGAAUCCAUCAAAACAUAUCUGAAACAACAAGAUAUGUCUGCAGGUUCUGUGCUGAUGAAUGUUUACCAUGGAAAUCUCACUGCUUAUUUACAUGAAAACUUCCAAGUAUUUUUAUCUGAAAUGACUGCUUCAGAUUUCAUAGCAUUAAUUCCACCUGGCUACAACAUACAGAUGAUAAGCUCACUGCAGCCCAGUGAAAUUGUAGACUUCUUCAAGAACCCUAAUUUCAUUAAUGACAACAUGGCUCUGGAAACCAUACUGGAAAGCUAUCAGCCACUUAGUAACUUGGGAGUUCUUCUGGAUCAGUUAAAGGAAACCCUGGUAAAAUUAAACAAUGAAACAAAGCAAGCUGUUUUUAGAGGUGUAUGGACCACCUUUGUGAAAAGCAUGUCUUCUCUGAGCGAAUUAGAAUCACAUACAUGGCUUAACAAUCGUCUGUGGCCAUAUUUUUCGUUUGUCACCACAGAUCAGCUGAAUGUUACAGAGGUUAUUAAUACCAGCUGUCUACUAUUUAAAGAAAUAGUUUUGACCUUCAAUGCCCAUUACAAUGACUUUGUAACUGUGACGCAGCAGGACAUCUACAGUGUUAUCAGGACAUAUCUGUUAAAUACAGAGAAAGAGGUGAUUCAGAACAUGUAA